AUGCUUUUUUCCUAUUAUUAUUAUUAGGUAUAUUUGGUUUAAUAUCAUUAUCAGCUUAAGGCGAAAACGUAAAAUGUAAUCAAAACGAUAUAUAUAUUUUAAGAGAAAAAUCAAUAUUAAGAGGGCAGUAUAGAGAGGUAUAAAAAGAUGAUUAAUUAGCUAUAGCAUCUUAAUCCAAUGGAGCUAUUAUAUCAUCAGCUAGGAUUAAUUUGAUUGCCUUACCUGAUGGUGAAAAUAGCCCUCUAAGAAAUUCACUUUAUUUUGUAGAUAAAGAAAAAAAUCAAACUGGGGCAUUUUUAUAUUGA